AUGUUUUUCCUCUUCAUCCCUCUCUUCAUUAAUGUCCAUUCUGUUCAUUUAUCGAGAGAUUCACUUCGUAAUGACAUUUUCUCUCAAACCUCCGUAUCAUGCUUUUUUCUCUUUUCUUUUUUUACUUUUCUUUCUCGCAAUGUCUCUAUAAUUUCUUUCUCAACACUUUUGCACUCUUUCCUCUUUUAUUUCCUUAUUCGCUUUCUCUCUCUUCAAACAUACGUUAUAACUUUCAUUGACUCUCAGCUACAGCCUUUUCUUAACUUUAACUUCCCAUACCUCAUUCACGCAGUUUGCUAUCUUUUUUUUUUUUUCUCUCUCUGUUCUCACUUCUCUUUGACUCAUUCCUUGACUGAUAUUUUACUAACAUUAUCUUUUCUCUGUUUUUACUUUUGGUUUUGCUUGUUGGUUUUUCCCUUCUUCUACAACAGUCUCUCUUUAUCUCUCUCUCUCGCAGCUUCCCCCUCUGUUCCUUUCCCGUGUUUUCUUCCCACCUACUAUUUUCUGAAGCAUUCUCUCUCUGGUAUUUCUUUUCUUCUCCCUAUCACAGUUUCUUCUCUUACUCUCUUCCUUUUUUUUUCAUUCGAAUUCCCAUAUAUUUCCUCUUUAUCUCUCUCACACAGACAUUCACACACGCUUUGUCAUCUUUUCUUACUUUUUCUCUCUCUGUUUCUCAAGCCUCUUUUUCGUUCACAUACUUUGUUUCUCACUCUUUCUGAUUAUCAUCGGUGUCUUUUCUUUCUCAUUCCUUUUUACGGUUCCUUUUACCUCAGACAUUUUGCCUCUUUCGUUCUUUCUCACUCUCACCCUCUCACUCUCUCUUACACUUUUUGCAUCUAUAUUUUCCCUCUAUUUUCACAUCCGUAUUUCUUUUUACAUCUAUAUUUCUCUCUCAUUAAAAUCUAG